AUGUCAGACUGUACUAUUGAUUCAAUAGCAAUGGAAUUAAGAAAAGAUUUGGGUAGAUUAGGUGUGGAAUCUAAUUCUUCCAAAAAAAUUAAGAUAAUGUCACAUGCCUUAAAUAACUAUUACUCAGUGGAAAAAGUGGAAUUUCUAUCCAAAAAUAAAAUUAAAGAAAAUAAAACUAUUGAAACUAUCAUUAAAGAUCUAGUGUAUGUCAAAGAUCCAGUAUCUCUAGUUAAUCAUGUUUGCAUUGCUAGGGGACUAGAAGUCGAGAACGUUAUUAUUCGUAUAGGAAUAGAUAGUGGCCAAGGAUCUUUAAAAGUUAUUAUGAAUGUUUUUAACAGAGAAGUAAAUUAUGACUCCAAAGAAACCAAGAAUACUGGAGUGAACAAAGUUAUAAUAUUGGCUUUUGCCAAAAAUGUUUGCGAAAGCCACACAAAUCUUCAAAUUCUUAUAGAAAAAACAAAGCUAAACAAUUUAAAGUUUUACCUUGCUGCAGAUCUUAAAUUAUGCAACAUAGUUUUGGGUUUGUCAGGACAUGGGGGAAAAUAUUCGUGUUUAUUUUGUGAUGGUGAUAAAACUAAUCUUGGAGAACUGAGAACCUUUAAUAUGCUUAAGAACACGUAUAAAAACUUUGCUGAAAGUGGAUUUAAAAAAAACUCCAUGCAACUCUAUAAGAAUGUUAUACAUCCAUGUCUCCUGGUUGAGUCUGGAAAGAUGUAUGUGCUUGAUGUCAUCCCUCCUCCAGAACUUCAUUUAAUGAUGAAGAUUAUAACAGAAAUUUCAAAUGUCUUCUGUAAGGAACCUGAUGUUGCUCUUUGGUUAAAAAAGCAUGGAAUUAUUUGGCAUGGGUAUAAUGGAGGUGGACUGGAUGGUAGAAAUGCUAACAAAAUACGAAAGCUUUUGCCAGAUUUGGAAAAAUAUAUCUUAGAUAACUUUUCUUCUUAUUAUCCAGUUGUUGAACUGUUAAAGUCUUUUUCUUCAGUAGUAAACAUGUGUUUUGGAAUGAAACUCCAUGACGGUUAUGCUGAUGCCAUUGCAACAUAUAUAAGAAAGUUAAAGGAAAACCAAGAGUAUGUGAAGACUACAUUCAACCACAAUCUUUCAAUGGGAUUAAUUGAGACCUAA